GCAGCGGCGCGGCCGGCUCCGCCGCCUGAGGAGAGCCGCAGGCGGGGACGGGCGAGCCCCGAUGCCGGGGGGGACGGAGGAGCCGCGACCCUCGGAGCAGCAGCAGCCGGAGCUCGAGCCCGAGCCUGAGCAACCGGAGCAGGAAGGGGCGGAGGCGGCAGCGGCCGAGGCGGCCCCGGAGCAAGAGCAGCAGCAGGAGCAGCAGCAGUCGCCGCCACCCUCGGCGGCGGCCGGUGGGUCCACCGGCAGCCGGGUACUGAGGGGAGGACGCGAGCGGGGCCGGGCCGCAGCUGCCGCCGCGGCUGCAGCCGCGGCGUCCCGCCGGAGAAAGGCUGAGUAUCCCCGGCGGCGGAGGAGCAGCCCCAGCGCCCGGACGGGGGACUCCGCGGAAGCGCGGCAGGAGUCCUCGGCAGCGGAGCCGGCCCCGGCCAAGAAGAGCUCCCGACUCUCAUAUACAGAAAAAGUAGUGACAUCCAGUAAAGAUCCCAAGGAGGAGAAGGAGGAGGAAGACAACUCUACACUUGCUCAGGAAGCUUCUAUUGCUGCUUCUCGACCCAGCCGGGGCUGGCGCAGCAGCAGCAGGACCGCUGCCUCUCGCCAGUGUGACACAGAGAACACGAGAAGUUCGAGGUCCAAGACUGGCUCCUUGCAGCUGAUUUGUAAAUCAGAACCCAAUACAGAACAACUUGAAUACGACAUCACAGAAGAACAUCAGUCUCCUGGUGGAGUAAGUGAUGAAGAGGAGGAGGAGGAAGAGGAGAUGUUGAUCAGCGAAGAGGAAAUACCCUUCAAAGACGACCCAAGAGAUGAGACCUACAAACCCCACUUAGAAAGGGAAGCCCCAAAGCCACGGAGAAAAUCAGGGAAGGUGAAAGAAGAGAAAGAAAAGAAAGAAAUUAAAGUGGAAGUGGAGGUGGAGGUCAAAGAAGAAGAAAAUGAAAUUAGGGAAGAUGAGGAGCCUCCUAGGAAGAGAGGAAGGAGGCGAAAAGAUGACAAAAGUCCACGAUUACCCAAAAGGAGGAAGAAACCUCCAAUCCAGUACGUGCGUUGUGAGAUGGAAGGAUGUGGAACUGUUCUUGCUCACCCUCGGUAUCUGCAACACCACAUUAAAUACCAGCAUAUGCUGAAGAAGAAAUAUGUAUGCCCUCAUCCUUCCUGUGGACGACUCUUUAGGCUCCAGAAGCAGCUGCUGCGACAUGCCAAACAUCACACAGAUCAAAGGGAUUACAUUUGUGAAUACUGUGCCCGGGCCUUCAAGAGCUCCCACAAUUUGGCAGUUCACCGGAUGAUCCACACUGGCGAGAAACCAUUACAGUGUGAGAUCUGUGGAUUCACCUGUAGGCAGAAGGCUUCCCUUAACUGGCACAUGAAGAAGCAUGAUGCAGAUUCCUUCUACCAGUUUUCUUGCAAUAUUUGUGGCAAGAAGUUUGAGAAGAAGGACAGCGUGGUGGCCCACAAAGCAAAGAGCCACCCGGAGGUGCUGAUUGCUGAAGCUCUGGCGGCCAAUGCCGGAGCCCUGAUCACCAGCACAGAUAUCCUGGGCGCUACCCCAGAGUCCCUGGCACAGCCUACUGAUGCUCAGGGCCUUCCCCUUCUUCCAGAGCCCUUGGGGAACUCGGCACCUGCAGAGUGCCUCCUGCUUGAUUCAGAAGGGAUGCCCAAGGCAUUCUGCAGCGGGGCAGAGCGGGUGAGCCUGAUGGCGGAUGGGAAGAUCUUUGUGGGAAGCGGCAGCAGCGGAGGCACCGAAGGGCUCGUCAUGAACACGGAGAUUCUCGGGGCCACAACAGAGGUUCUGAUCGAAGACUCAGAUUCGACUGGACCGUAGGGGGCAUUGGGACAAUUCAGACUUUGUAUUUUAAAAAAGGAAAAAAAAAAUGGAAAAAAAUUACAAAGUUAAAACAGAUUUAAAAUACUAGUAAAAGUAAUUGAAGGGCCUGCUCCUCCCAGUGUGGAACAUAGCACACCCCCUUUCCCUCCCUCCCUCUUUCCGCCAUUGGCCCUUUUAUGAAAGUAAUGCUGCUUUCACCAGUGAUACACAGAAGAAACUCACAGCAAAGUGAGGGCAGUCCUCACAUCCACUUCAAGCCAGACAGACUUCCUGACCUUGGGCAGACCUCCUCCCUGCCUUUCCCUUUCCCAGACUCUCAUUUUGAUGUGCUUGGCUUCUUACUCUUGUAACCAGUCCCUGUCUCUCAAUCUUAUCUCCUCUAGGGCAGCCCCACCAUUCUUUGUUCCCUGUUGCAGCAAUCAGCCUCACGUUGUUGUAUUCCCCUGGAUUCGGAGCUUCCCUUGGCACUUUAGGCCCCUCCUCAGGGUGAGCUGUCUGACAGCUCACACCCUUCCUCCCCAUCUCCUUCCCUCUCCCACUGAGCUUCUGAAAGAAAGGCUGCAUGGGGACCUCCACCACCCCCCUUUCUAGUCAGCCCCUCCCAGGGUUCUUAGUGGUGCUCACUUGCUUAGCAGCAGGUUUUCUGGAGAGGGAAGGGUCUGCCCUCUAUUCUCUGACUGGAAAACAGAGCUCUAUGUUGGAGAGACACAAGAGUCCCAGACUGAUGACAGAAAUUUGCACUUUGAACGUGUGUUUUUGUGUUGUGGAAACACAAUUCCUUAUUUAUUGACAAAAGGUCUGAUUUUUUUUGUUAUUUUUUUUUUGUGUGUGUGUGGGGCUAGGAAAGUGAACUAUUCUGACAAGGGAUCCUUCCCACAAUAGGUACUUUUGGAGGCAAGACUGUAAGGUAUAAGAAAUAUAGCCAGCCCCCCAAAUCAUAGUUUUCUAAUGGCCUCUAAGGAGAGUCAGUCUUCAGCACUAAGAGAAUCACUACAGUAACCUAGUGAUCAUUUGAAAAAUCUUUUCGGGGAAGGGUGAAAGGCUUGAUGAGAAUUAGUGCCCUCGUUGGAUUUCUAGAGCAGUGAGCUGUUACUGAGAGAAAAAAAGGAAAAGGGCUGUUUCAGGGUAUGAACUGCAAAAACAAGUUCCUCUUGUAUAUCUGCCUUUUUCCCCUUAGACCUUCUAAGGUCAUUUAUUCCCAUCUAUGGCUGUGCUAAUCAUUGCUUUGUCUGCUUCAUUCCAAUGCCCUCUUCCAACACUUCAGCUUGAAGGGGAAAAGCACUGCAUCAAGUGAUUAGAUUCCAUGAAAAAUUCUCAGCUCUGAGGGUUUUUGCCCUGUCUGCAAGAGAGUGAGGCUACAAUAGACUAGGGAUACAGUCAACUUAUCUUUCAUUUUGAACUGGAAUCUAGGGGGAAGGAGGGACGCGAGAAGGGUCUCCACCAUCCCUUAUUACAAAUUGUGUAUCCUAAGUAUUACUGUCCAGGGGUUUGCUGCUUUAUGGAAUAGCGUCUGGCAUCUAAAUUUAGCCUUCUAAAGACUGCCUGUCUGGUCUCAUUGUUAGAGCAUCCAAAGGACAGUAGUCCUUGAAAAAGGCUUUAUUGUGUCCCUCAAGUGUUAGGGCAGGAAGGCUUGCUCUAUCCCUUGUGAGAAAUGGGUGGUAACUAUUAAGAGGGAAAGAAGGCUUGUUGGAAAAGGUGAGGAACAGCUGUUUUUUUCAUGAACACUAAAAGUACAAAGGUUAUCAUUUUCUAUCUUGAUUUUUCUUUUUUCUUCUUCCUCCUCCCUCCUUCCCUCCCUCAAUUCCUCUGAAGAAAAGGGUGACACCAAAAUGUCAUCUUUGAAAGAAGCUUGACUUGACCACUUGUUGGGGAUAGGCCUGCCAGGACAACAGGGAGUGGAGCUCCCACAAUGGACAGUCUCAAAUGCCCCUUUGUUUCCCAGAUCUGCGGGCCCCUUGCUGUGGGGGUAGAGAGUAAAAGGGGAAAAGGACAGGGCCUGAUGUGGAAUAUGCUUCCCUUCAAGUCCUAGCGGGUGGCUGGUUGACUUGGUAUGCUGGGAACGUUUGAAAAGCCCACAAAACCUGAUCAAAUGGGGCCCCCCACGGAAAGGCCCGGCUCUAUUGGCCACGCCAGCGCGCAUCCAUUCCACCCCUCCUCCGUUGGCUAGCCCUUUGCUUUUUUUCGAUGUUUCAGUUGUAGUGGUUAGCGCGUUCACCAAUACCACUGCCCCCACCCCCCUCCCUCCCAGGAGAAGCAAACUCCACACAUAGCUUGUCUAAGGAGAGGGUGAGAGCUGUGUCCGAUUCCCCUCCCACUCCCGUCAACUGACUAGUUCUAACACUUAGAAACUUCCUACUUCUCUCAUUCCUUGUCCUCUUCUCUGCCACCACUCGCAUGCAUGCAGUUUGCUUCAAUUAAAUUAUUGUAGUAGUUUGCAAUAAACACUUUGUAUUUUUCAUGGGCUUUAUUUUAUUUUUCCUUUUGGGAACAUUUGGGGAAAAGAAAAUAAUAUGGAAUUGGGAGUUGAUUUCCUGCUCUCCUUUUAGGUAAACUAAGAUCUUCCAUCCUUCCCCUUUGUGUUUUCUUCAUCAUCCCUCUCUCCUUUCCUUAAAGUUGACUUUAAGUGCACUUCCAAGGAGCCUUACAUACACAUCUCCUAUCCCUGGUCCAGAAACAGUCCAAUCCUGUUAUAUUUAAAUUGUGUCUAUUUUUAGCUAUAUGUUCUCCUCUUGAAUGGACACCUGUCACAACGCACUGUACCUCAAAAGUAGAUGACUGGUUGACAUGAAGCUGCAAGUUGAGCAGGGAGCUGUAUUUUCUCCUUGUUAAGAGGGACAUCUUGUAAUCAUUUUUGCAUGAUUGAGACACCAUCUUAAAAUGGGGUUCAGGUAGAGAUUUGGAUGUGAUAACUGGCCACGAGGAACUGGGCUUUCAGGGUGUGAUGCAGCUUCCAUAUGGAAAUACCUGUACCAGUUCCAUGCCUGCAUGGGGCAAAGAACAGAAGGGACACAAUCGGCUCUUAGGCGUUUGAUGAACCAUCUUUCCCCUUCUCCUUCUUUGUCCUCUUCCCUCCUCCCAGAUGUAGUAUUCAAGGAAAAAAGAAGUAAUGGAUCAAUUUAAAAUAUUUUAUUUCUCAAAGACCUCUCUUUCUGCCUGUUGAAAUAUGCAGGACCCUUCUUUAUUGAAUGGGAGAGACAGGUACUUAACUGAACCUAGGUUGGAAAAGUUAUGUAAAAAAAAAUUAUAAUAAAAGGGAUACUCUGCUUUUCAACUCCUGUUGUUUUCUCUUAAUCUAGGUAAAACAUAAUGAAAAUAAAUGUAUAAAGAAGAAAAAUAAAAGUUGUCUUCAUGGAA